CGGUCAGCUGACUGACCUACCGGAGUGCUGUCUGUUCAGCAGCGGAAAUAACGUUACUGCGUUUAUCCAUCCAGCUUCAAGAAUGAAGAAGAACAAAGGGAAGGCGAACAGUAUUGCUGAGAAGGAGUUUGCAUUUGAAUUCAGGGCAGGGAAACACAACUGUGUCCUCAAAGUGCCGCUUCAGUUUCCUGUGCACGUGAACAUAAGUGACCUGCAUGGACGUCUGAUGCUGCUACAUAAGAUACCCUGCUACAUAGAAAAUGAGUUAAAAGCAUCACUUGCCAGCUUCAUUGAAAAGGAGACUUCUCAGGAUUAUGACAGAGAGGCAGAGCUGGCCCUGCAGAGACUUACGACAGGGGACGUGGAUGUAAACCACCUCACCAGUGCCUGGGCCAGGUCUUAUGCCGAGACUACGCUGGAGCAUGCCCUGCCUGAAGAACCCAGCCGGGACGAGGACUUUGCUGAUGUUUACCAUGAGCUGAUCCACUCCCCUGCCUCAGAUACGCUUCUAAACCUGGAGCACAACUACUUCGUCAGCAUAUCUGAGCUCAUCAGUGAGAGAGACAUGGAGAUCAAGAAGCUACAGGAAAGGCAAACUACCGAAAUGGACCAGGUGAUGCACGAGUUGGGCAAUACACUGAGUGACCACGAUGUAAAUGCAGUGGCAUCCCAACAUUUUGAUGCACAGCAGGUCUUGGAGAACAAGUGGACCAGUGAGUUAAAGCAAGUGACUGAAAUUCAGAAGCAUGAGUAUCAAGAGUGGGUCAUAAAGCUGCAUCAGGAUCUGCAGAAAUCCAACAACAGCAGCAUAAUUAAUGAGGAGAUUAAGGUGCAGCCUAGCCAGCUGUCUGAGGCUUCAGAUUCAGGGACGAGGCUGUUUGAGGAGCAGCCCCAGCUGGAGGAGAGCUUCACCAUACACUUAGGAGCACAACUAAAGACGAUGCACAACCUGCGGCUGGUCCGUGCAGACGUGCUGGACUUCUGCAAACACAGGCGACAUGGCAGCAGCGGGGCCAAACUGCGGCGGCUGCAGACGGCCCUUUCGCUGUACUCCUCCUCACUCUGCGGACUGGUGCUGCUGGUGGACAACCGCGUCAACUCCUACAGCGGCAUCAAAAGAGACUUUGCAACUGUGGCUAAAGAGUGCACAGACUUCCAUUUUUCCUGUCUGGAGGAGCAGCUGGAGGAGGUGCAGCAGGUGGUGCUGUAUGCCAGGGCCCAGCGGAGCAGCAAGCAGAAAGAGCAACCCGAGAUCCAGAAGAACGGAGGUGAUGAUAAGAGCAAAACAGUUGAAAGAAAUCCUUCUAACAUCUUACCAGGUGAAUUUUAUAUCUCACGACACUCCAACCUCUCAGAGGUUCAUGUUGUCUUCCAUCUCUGUGUGGAUGACAACGUCCGUUUGGGUAACAUCACGGCCCGGGACCCUGCCAUCAUGGGUUUGAGAAACAUCCUGAAGGUCUGCUGCACACAUGACAUCACCACGAUUACCGUACCUCUCCUGCUGGUCCAUGACAUGUCGGAGGAGAUGACCAUACCGUGGUGUCUGAAGAGGGCUGAGCUGGUAUUUAAAUGUGUCAAAGGUUUCAUGAUGGAAAUGGCCUCGUGGGACGGAGGUAUAUCACGCACAGUCCAGUUUCUAGUGCCAAAGAGUAUCUCGGAGGAGAUGUUCUACCAGCUGAGCAACAUGCUGCCUCAGAUCUUCCGUGUCUCUUCUACAUUAACUCUCACUUCAAAGCGCUGAUGGCCUGGCAGGCACCACGUUGCAUCCUCAACCUGUGUGGAAAAUUUCAUGUUACUUUCUGGAAAAUAAGAUUAUUAGAAAAGUGUUUCUAUUAAGUAACAAAUGACUUGAUUUUCUUGCUUAAAAAACCAGUUGUGUCAUGGCAGCAUUUAAAAAUGAGGAGCAAGGCGGCCGUGGACCGGCGGAGUCAUUUUUAGCCUCGUUAUUUUCGCACCUUCCGAAGCUGCAGAGAAACAUGUCCUGCUGAAAGAGGACUGGAGUCUCUGCUUCGCCAAAGCAGCUGCUGUAAUUAUCGUUUGGAGUCUCUGGGGUGCGGCUCUGAUGACAGACUUUUAUUACAUCAGCUUCAGAUAUUCCACUUUUCCUUUAAAGUUGUAAUGUGUCACUCUGCGCGUGCUCAGGCUGCAGCACGGCAGAGCAUUUAAAGUCGAGUGUUUGAAGUUGGAAGGCAUGAAAAUACAUGACUGUUUACUUAAAGUCUGACCCAACAAACGUGGGCAGUUUGCAGCUCUGCUAAAAGAUGAAUUUCCAGAUGGAUUUGAUCUCAGGAUGUUCACUACAACAAACAUCACAGAGAAAAUUUAGUUUUGAUGUCAAAACAUCCUGUAAUGACUUCUGAUGGAUGACUGCGCUGCCGUAGUAGAGAUUUAGCUCUUUAAUCUCAUACAUAACUGGCUUCAUGUUGGGGUUGGCUCUUCUAGAAACACGUGACAUGAACUCGAUUCCUCUUUUCCUCAAGAUAAAUUCCAUGAAUCCUCAAAUGAGGGUUUUUUGGAGGGAUUUUUUAAAAAACUGCACUCAGUGUGGGCCAGUAAUGGACCCUACUCUCUACCUGCGUAACAGCAGGUGGCGCAGUUCCUAAAGACAAAGAGAUGACAAGCUCCACACGCUUUCUGAGCACUGAGAAUCAUUUCAAGCCAUUCAAAUCUGCAUCCAUCACUGUUGUUUUGUGACUUGUACAUAACCAUCGGAUGUGUUUAACACUUGGAUUUCCCUUUUGCACUUUUACAUUUUUGUUUUAAUAAAAACAUGACCACACCA